ACAGAGGUUAAUUUCGUCUCUCGCUCGAUCUGGUGCCGUCUCCAACUCCAUUUCUUUUGAAGUGUGAGAGAAAGAAAGACAGAGGCAGAGAUCGAAGAAAUGGAGAAAGGUAAGGGAAGAAAGGAGGAGGUCGUUACGAGGGAGUAUACUAUCAAUCUCCACAGGCGUCUCCAUAGCUGCACAUUCAAGAAGAAGGCACCCAAUGCCAUUAAAGAGAUCAGGAAGUUUGCAUUGAAAGCAAUGGGAACAAAGGACGUUAGAGUCGAUGUUAAACUCAACAAGCAGAUAUGGAGCAAAGGUAUCCGAGGCCCCCCGAGGAGAAUCAGAAUCCGUGUUGCCCGUAAGAGAAACGACGAUGAAGAUGCCAAGGAAGAGUUCUUCUCUCUCGUCACUGUCGCUGAGGUUCCAGCUGAAGGACUAUCUGGUUUGGGCACUAAGGUCAUCGAGGAAGACGAGUGAAGAAGAUUUGUGAAUGUAAUCACGCAACCCUUAAUAUUGUUAGAAUGAAAGACGGAAAGAGAGAGACUUUUUGCUUGUUUUGAUCACUUACCCUUUUUGGUAAUAUUGUUUCUUAUCUUUCAAGUUACAGAUUUUGUGCUGAUACAAGUUUGAUCUUCUUUUUUUUGUGUGACUUUGUUUACUUAGUAAUCAAAUUUUUUAGGGGACCGGUUUACCA